AGCUUAUGAUUUGAGAAUGACCCUUCAAAGCUCAUUGACUCCCACUUCCAUCACAUGCAUCUCUCUCUCAACCUCUUUCUCUUUCUUCGUUUAGUGCCAUCCAAUUCUCCUUAUUUAAACCCCCUCCAUCCUCCUUUCAUUCUCAUCCUCACCAAAAAUCAGAAUUCUCCUCUCCUAUUCCCAAAGCCUUCAAACUUUACUCACAAUCUUCUCUUACAAACAAAAACACUUCCAAACAUCUACCUGUUUCCUAUUGGCAUCCAUCCUAAAGAACACAAACACAACCACAAUUGUCAAUCAAACAAAACAAAGUCUUUGAGUUACCUCAGUAGUGAUGGAGAACUUGUUUCGUCUUGCCGAUCAUGAUGACUUCUUCUCUCGACGUUGCAUCUGGGUUAAUGGUCCGGUGAUCGUUGGGGCUGGGCCAUCAGGGCUGGCUACAGCUGCUUGUCUUAGAGAACAAGGGGUACCUUUUGUAGUCCUUGAACGAGCUGAAUGCAUAGCCUCCCUGUGGCAAAAGCGCACCUAUGACAGACUUAAACUUCACCUUCCAAAGCAAUUCUGCCAGCUCCCAAAACUCCCAUUCCCAGAAGACUUCCCUGAAUACCCAACCAAGAGACAGUUCAUUGAGUACCUUGAAUCAUACGCCAAGCAUUUUGAGAUCAACCCACAAUUCAACGAGUGUGUUCAAUCAGCAAGGUACGAUGAAACCAGUGGCCUGUGGCGCGUCAAGACUGUUUCAACAGCUGGCUCUGCCCGUAACGAGGUCGAAUACAUUUGCCGGUGGCUCGUGGUGGCCACAGGCGAGAAUGCUGAGCGCGUAAUGCCCGAAAUCGAAGGAUUGAGCGAGUUUUGUGGUGAUGUCUCACACGCUUGUGAAUACAAGUCUGGAGAGAAGUUCACCGGAAAGAAAGUGGUGGUCGUUGGCUGCGGCAACUCGGGCAUGGAAGUUUCUCUAGACUUGUGCAACCACAACGCCUCACCUUCAAUGGUGGUCCGAAGCUCGGUCCAUGUCUUACCAAGAGAGAUCUUUGGAAAAUCUACAUUCGAACUAGCUAUUACGAUGAUGAAAUGGCUGCCCCUCUGGCUGGUUGACAAGCUCUUGUUAGUCCUGGCAUGGCUGAUCCUUGGAAACAUUGAAAAAUACGGCCUCAAACGGCCAUCAAUGGGGCCAUUGGAACUCAAAAACGAGAUAGGAAAGACCCCUGUUCUUGACAUUGGAGCGUUGGAGAAGAUCAAAUCCGGUGACAUCAAAGUAGUUCCUGGAAUCAAACGGUUCACUCGCAACCAAGUAGAGCUUGUCAAUGGCCAAAAGCUCGAUGUAGAUUCAGUAGUUUUGGCUACUGGGUACCGCAGCAAUGUCCCUUCUUGGCUUCAGGAAGGCGAAUUCUUCUCGAAAAACGGAUUCCCAAAAGCAGCAUCACCACAUUCUUGGAAGGGAAAUGCAGGGCUUUACGCAGUUGGGUUUUCAAGAAGAGGGCUAUCUGGGGCUUCAUCAGACGCCAUGAAAAUAGCUCAAGAUAUUGGAAAUGUAUGGAAGGCGGAGACGAAGCAACAAAAGAAGAGAACAACUGCUUGCCAUAGACGCUGCAUUUCCCAAUUCUGAAAACGGCUGCCAUUGAUGAAUUGAGCUACACAAUGUAAAGAAGAAACAAUACAAAUAAUCAUACUGUACAAAGAAAAAGGGAAGAAAAACAAAAACAAAAAAAUAACCAUAGAAACACAGCCCUCUCCAAAGGCCCAUUUUGACAAAUUUGUUUUGGGCAUUUUGUAAAAGAUGGAAGAUGAGGCUUUUUCUUUUUUUUCUUUUGGAAUGUUCCUUCAUUUGUUCAUGGAAUGUAGUUGUAAUUGACAGUUCUUUCUAUUGUUCUUUUCAUCAACCAUUCUUUUGGUAACGAGUCAAAUCAAAUCAUCAUUGCCUUUCAUACA